CUGCAAAACUAUACAGCAACAGUACUGGAAAAUUGGGCAGUAUCUGUGACAAUCGAUCAGCGACAAUACACCGUGAAUCUGUUUGACACCGCAGGGCAGGCCAGUAAAUGUCUCACAAUCAAUGAAAAAGACCGCUUUCUUCAGGAAGAUUAUGCGCAUCUUCGAUGCUUAAGCUAUCCUCAAACUGAUGUCUUUUUGAUGUGUUUCUCGUUGGUCGAUCCAAAAACAUUGGAGUCAUGUCGUGUCGUCUGGUUGCCGGAGAUCCGCAAAUACGUCGGCAAUCAAACUCCGAUUGUGUUGGUUGGCACCAAGGAGGAUCUCGUAGAUUCGAGCCUACCCUCGGAACGAGUUGAUGUCCAUCUAGCGAAGGAAGUCGCCAAUUCGGUAAGUUACCAAUUACUUCCAAAUUAA